UACAAUAUAUUAUCGUAUUACAUUUUCAUUUACAUAUAUAAAUUUAGCUUCAGCUAUUUGUUCAACUACCAAUCUCAAUCUUCGAUUCAUUCAUUCGAUACACUUACACACACUUACAUACGAUCGAUUUAAUCGGUAAACACAUCCAUCCACAUUAAAAAGUUUGAAAAACUCAAAUCAAACUCUUCAUUAUUUUUUUUCUUCUCAUUAUUGUAAAAAUCAACUCAAAUACAUUCUUUUUAUUUCAACGUAUUGAUUCACUAUUUGGCUGUGUUUUUCAUUUUUAGUUUCAUUUCUUCACUGAUCAUUUCCAUUGAUUUUUAUCAAAUCUCAUUUUAAACAAAUACAAAACAUAAAAUAUGGCGGAUCAAUUGACAGAAGAACAAAUUGCUGAAUUCAAAGAAGCAUUUUCGCUGUUCGAUAAAGAUGGCGACGGUACUAUCACUACAAAAGAAUUGGGAACAGUCAUGAGAUCAUUAGGACAGAAUCCAACUGAAGCUGAAUUGCAAGAUAUGAUCAAUGAAGUGGAUGCCGAUGGUAAUGGUACUAUCGAUUUUCCCGAAUUUUUAACCAUGAUGGCACGUAAAAUGAAAGAUACCGAUUCUGAAGAAGAAAUUCGUGAAGCUUUCCGUGUAUUCGAUAAAGAUGGUAAUGGCUUCAUUUCAGCUGCUGAGCUCAGACAUGUGAUGACCAACCUUGGCGAAAAGCUCACUGAUGAAGAAGUCGACGAAAUGAUUCGUGAAGCCGAUAUUGAUGGCGAUGGACAAGUUAAUUAUGAAGAAUUCGUAACGAUGAUGACAUCAAAAUGAAAAUUAUCCAUAGUAUUUUGUUAAAUAUAUUCCUUAUUUCUUUCGCUCUUCGUGUCUCGUCUCAUUGAUUCAAAAAAAAA